GAGGAAAGUUUCACUCAUGACACAAAAAUAUACUGGGUAUUUUUUACUUUAAAAAUAUAAACAAACAAGUGCAUGAUUUUUUUGAUGAUUUGUGCUAGAUAAUUAUGGAAAUUAACCAUAUGUGUAUAUUAAUUUCAAUUAAAGUUCUUCAAAUCUUGUAAAUAAUAGUGUUAAGCUUUUUAAAUACUUAUUUGCCGCAGUUUCUAAUAUAUCGAAUAUGGAAGAAGUGGAGACCUAUGAAGGUGUUGAGUUUGAUAAUGAAUGGAAACUUUGGUGUCGACUUUGUGCCAAAUCGAAUACGGAAAAAGUUAAUAUUUUUACAGAAUGGACUCAACCUUACAACAAUUACAAAAGGAAAAUAUUAGCUGUAAUAAACAAAUUCUUUCACAUAAAGUUUACUCAAAAAGGUAAGCUGCCCCAAGUUGUUUGCAUAGAUUGUCUAAAAGUAUUAACAUCAUUCAUUAAGCUUGCUGCCCGCGUAUGUGACACCCAAGAAAUGUUUAGCAUAUUAGAAGAAUCGAGUGGCACUACGCAAGAUUUAGAGAAAUUGUUCGAAAAAUAUGGGACUGCUUACCAUGGACUACUCAUAAAAAACACUGUCGAGCUAACUGAGGUCCAGUCGAUAUCGACAUGCAUUAGAGAUAGCACUUGGGAUUCAAGAAUGACCAGCACACGACCCAUAAGCCCCAAUAGGAUAAUACGUGAAAAAGAAAAUAAUUUAAUACAAGCAAUUCUUUUCGAAAAUAAUGAUCCUACAGAUCCGUUAGAGGGCGAGAUUUUUAGCCAUGGCUCUUCAUGUGAAGAUGCCCAUAGUUGCGAAUCUGACAAAGGAUUUAAAAAAAUAGCAGUUGAAUUUUCGAAAACCAGUCUGCCGAGAAGGACUGUAUCUUUAAGGGAAAGUAUCAAAGAAAACAAUUACCAAUGUGUUCAUUGUCCCAAGCGUUUUCAGCGAAUAGGUAGCUAUCAUAUACACUUAAGAAGAAAACAUGGCCGUAUUAAAAAUGUAUCACCAUCGAAUGAGAAACCAUUAUUUAAAUGUAAGAGCUGUAAUGAAGCGUUUCAAAACAAAACUUUAAUGACUCAACAUUUGAAAUCGAAGCAUGGUAAUAAAGAAACUUUCGUUUGUGAAGAAUGUGGAGAAGUUAUUAUAGGUAGCAUAAGGACACUACGUGAUCACAUGUUGACGCACACAAAUUAUGCCCCUUUUGAAUGUAAUGUGUGCGGUAAAUGCUUUAAGCUGAAAACACGUUUAAAGAGACAUAUGGAUAUCCAUGGGGAAAAACACAUUUGUAAUGAAUGUGGUUUGCAAUUAAGCUCGCGUGCUACACUAUAUCAUCACUCAUUUGUGCAUUCUGAUGCAAUGCCGCAUAAAUGCGACUACUGCGGGCGAGCUUUUAAACGUUCAAAGACUUUAAAAAAUCACCUUAUACUACACACUGGCUUAAAACCAUACGCUUGUGAUUUUUGCGAAAUGACUUUCACUAACGGUACUAGUUAUCGAACACACAAAAAGAAUAUGCAUCCCGUAGAAUUUGCAAACCAAGAGGCUUCGGGUGAAAAACCUAACAAAGCUAAAAAUAUACCCAAAUUAUCUGUAUUAAAAUCUGUCACUAGGACUGCUCUAAAUCUCAAACCUGUUGCACCCAAACGUAGUGGUAAUUUUUCUAUGGGCAAGAAACCUAAAUUGGGAAGAACAUCAAGUAAGCAGCACCCGGCAGCUGUAAUUGACUCAAAUUGUGCUGAUUUUGUAGUAAAUAAAAAUAAAACUAAUUUAAUAUAAUUCUGAAUGUAGAAUCUCUGUAUAUAGCCUAAAGGAUAAAAUAUGAUGAAAAGAGUAAAUUUGUUUUUUUUUUUUCGAAAAUAUAACUGAAUUGCGGUUAAAAACUGGUGAUACAUU